AUGGACUCAAACGAUGCUGGAGCUGCUAUAGAGGCGAAUGCGCCUGUGGCACUAUUCAAAAAACGAGGUCCUAAAGGCAAAGCGAACAUCAGAAAGCGACCGGCAACACCACCUCCAGCCAACAGCGAUAGCGACAGCGACUACACGUCGUCUGAAGACGAAUCCGGGCAGCGUGUGAAGCGGCGGAAGAAGAAUGCCGCAGUCACUGUCUCAUCAAAAGACACAUCCACCGUUGCCAAGGAUCUGAACGCAACUGUGUUCAAGGCGAACCGAGAUUUGCCAAUUUCAAGUUCCAACGACGCGACAAAGCAGAGCAACUGGUACGACGAUGGCACAAAGGAUGACCUUUCUGCAAAAAACUUGCUCGGUUCAUCAAAAUCAACAGCCAAACCUUCCCAGGCCGACGGCACAUACAAAGGGCUGGCGAACCAGACAUCGUUUAUCCAGAAGAAUCCCGACGCACCCAAGAAGACAGUCGGGCCCAUCAAGGCGCCAACGAACAUCCGAACUAUCACUGUCACGGAUUUCGCCCCUGAUGUAUGCAAAGAUUAUAAGAAAACAGGUUUUUGUGGUUUCGGAUCUAAUUGUCGCGAAGAUUACAAACAUGGAUGGCAACUUGAUAGGGAAUGGGAUACCGUCACCAAGGGCAAGAAGAGCCUGGGAGGUACCGUUGUAGCCAGCGCAAAGCGUGACAAAACCGACGGCAACGACGACGACGACGACGAUGACGACACACUGCUACAAAACAUCCCGUUUGUUUGCAUUAUCUGUGAAGAAUCGUACAAGUCUCCCAUCAUUACACGAUGUGGACACUACUUUUGCGAGCCGUGCGCGUUGAAGCGGUAUCGGAAGGAUCCGACUUGCGCAGCGUGCGGAGCUGGAACAAACGGGGUUUUUAACUCUGGCAAGCGACUGAACAAGCUGCUGGAUAAGAAGCGCGAACGAGAAGCGCAGCGGAGACAAGCAGCGUUAGAGGCGGGUGAAGAAGUUAGCGACCAAGAUGAGUGA